AUGGCCGCCUUGACUACCGUAGUGGUGGCGGCUACUGCAGAAGCCGGAUCUCGGACCUUGGCCGCCGCACUUCCAGCAGCGGGACUAUCGCAGAAUGACAGCUAUUCAGGUACUCAAGAUGGAGUUCGACCUUUUCAGUUACAUAACUGGAAGCAGAAAGCUGAUCAGGCCAAGAAAACUGAAUUCAUACGUACAGCAGAAAAAUUGAAAAAUCAAGUUGCUAAUAUAGAAAAAGAUAAAAAUGGUCAUCUCUACAACAAAAAAAAUGACUUCCGAAUUGAUUUUAUCGUGUUGGAAGAACUUGAACAUAAACUGGUUAACAGCAGGAAAACAGAAAGAGCUAAAAUCCAACAACACCUGACAAAAAUACAUAACCAUGUAAAGAGGCUUCAACAGCAGUUAAAAGAUGUAAAAUCUACACCAGAAUUUGUUGAAAAACUGAGAGAAAUGAUGGAAGAAGUUGAAAAUGCAAUCAAUACUUUUAAAGAAGAGCAGAGACUGAUAUAUGAAGAACUUAUUAAAGAAGAGAAAAUAACUACUAAUGAACUAAAUGCUUUACAGAGAAAAAUAGAGACCUGGACAUUGAGUAAUUCAGGAACAGAGAGACUUUUCAAAGUACCGUCAAGCAGAGUUCCCUUGGAUAUAGUGAUGCCAAAUAAUCUUCCUGAAGAAGUAGUAGAAUUUGAAAAGUUCCUUCAGCAAGCAGGAGGACGACAAGGGGGAUGGGAUGAUUAUGAUCACCAGUAUUUUCUAAAAGUGAGAAAUAAGCAUAAAGGGAAGCCCAGCUAUUUGAAAGAAGUUCUAGAGUAUCUACCUGGAAGGACAGAAGAUGAGGUUCAGCUGCAUGAGAAAUGGUAUCAAAAAUAUCUAUCUUUAGAAGAAAGAAAAAAAGAGGCUAUUCAGAAAUGGAAAACAAAGAAGCAGCAAGAAAAAAAAGAAAUGUUGGCGUGGAAAGAAAAGUCAGAGGAAGUACUUAUGACUAAUGAUCUUCAGCAAGAAGAGUCCUCAAAACAAAAAGAGGAGCAGAGAAAGAAACAAAAAUUGGCAGUUGAAGCCUGGAAAAAGCAGAAAAUGAUGGAAUUAUCUAUGAAACAAGCAUCUCAAUUAAAAGAAGAAGAGGAAAAAGAGAGAAAACAACAGAGAGAACAUCAGCGCCAAUUUUACCUAAAAUUACUGCUAGAAAAAUAUACUCAGCAGAAGAAAGAACAGAAAGAAUUGUUGAAACUUGAAAAGGAGAUGAGGGAGAAGACUGAAAGGGAAGAAAGAAGAAAAAUGGCUACAAACGAAAUUAUUAGGUUUCAAGAGAGAGAUUUACAUAAACUUGAAUUAAAAAUUCUGGAGAGAAAAGCAAAGAAAAAGGAAAUGACAGAAAAAGAAAGAAGAUUGGCAAAAUUAAGAAAAAAGGUUGAAGUUAAUGUUAGUCGGGAUCCAUCCAGGUUGUACAAACUUACCAAAGGAUGGGAAGAACGUACAAAAGAGAGAGGUUCAACAGGCACAGGGCCUCUUCUGCAUUUACCACAUAGGGCUAUUCCCACCUGGAGACAAGGAUUAUAGAAGAGAAUUUAACAAAUAAAAAUUACCAUCCAAUUAAUAUGAAUAUUGGUAUAAUGCUUUACACAGGAAAAUAAAUGAUUUAUAAACAAAGUGACCACUUAUGUUCAGAAAUUAUCAUUUUCCUUGUUUAACAGUUAGUAUAAAUUGUAUAGUGCUUGAUUGUUAGAUCUUUAGGUAUAUGCUGGCAACUACCUUUUUUACUGUUUUAUCCUAGGAAGAUAAUUGUGUUCCUGUUGAAAUUUUUAUUUUGCAACAGCAGAUUGAAAGGGGAAAAUAGAAAUUUAAAUUAUUGUAAUUUAAGCACAUGAAAUAAAUAAGUGGACUUUUCAUCUCAUGUCUUCAUUAUGCAAAAUGGGAAAACUAUAUUUGUAUGGCUAUUUGAAAAAUUUUAAUACAUUUUAAAUGGAUGCUAGCUUAUAUUAUUAACACAUUUAGGAAAUGCAAAGGAAGGCAUUAAAAUUGGGAGGCAACAUAGCAGAGAUAAAAGAGGGCAAAUUUGGAAUGAGAGGAGCUGGGUUCCCAGUUCUGCCACUUACAUUCUGUAAUGUAAGUCUGUAAUAAGGUAAGUCCCUUAAUGUUCCUAGGCCUCAUUUACCUCAUCUGUAAAAUAAUAGAGCUAGACUCAAUAACCCGCACUGUUCCUUCCACCUCUGAUGUAGUGACUUCU